GAGUGGGAGGAGUGGGAGGAACAGCCAUUUCCUUUCCUCUCCACACAGUGAGUGGACUUUUCUGGUCGCAGCUAACGCUAGAUCCACGCACAACUGCAGAACAGAAUGGAAUUAUUAAUAACUGUCGUCUUCCACAGGAUGGAGGUUUAAGCGGUAAGAGUGCAAAACAUCAUCUGGGAAACAGGACAACUUAAGCCUUAAGCGACCAUGCCGUGCGUCCAGACCCAGUGCGGCUCCUCUCCACAAGGAGCCAGCCCGGUCUCCCAGAGCUCCGACAGAGAGCGCAGCUGUGACUUCCUCACGCCAGAGUUUGUCAAGUUCAGCAUGGACCUCACCAACAGUGAAGUCUCAGCUUCAACAUCUGGUCCCAGUUUUGGACCUUUGGCGGACAGCUAUGGCUCCGGGUACGACGUAAAGGCACCAUGUCUCUUCCAGAUGCCAGUGCAGGGGGAGCUCCCGUGCGUCAAAGUGGAGGACGCGCACGGCUGCCCGCGGUUCCAGCCGAAUCAGCAUCACUCACAUCAGUCCGACGAGCUGCUCUCCUCCCCGGGACCAGUUUAUUACUACCGGUCUCCAUCCCCGCACGCUCCCAUCACACCCGCUUUUCACACGCCUCCGGGACACAUAUGGGAGGACUCUGGGUCUCUGUACAGCUUCCGGCAAGACUAUUUGGCGGCUGCCCACAGAAAAAACACUUUAUCCAGAUUCUCACUCUUUUCUAUCAAACACGCACAGCACGGGGUACAAAGUUUGUCCACCUGUCAGAUGAAAUUUGACAGAUCUCUCCACGUGUCCAUGAGUCUGGAUGCAGCUGGAGCGCAACAGCCGCUGGACAGCAACGGGGUUUUAGGCUCCGCGGAUGUGGGAAAACAGUCCGGCGUGGGAUUCCCUCACCCACUCCACCUCGCCCACGGCCACCACUUCAUGGACUACCAGUCUUCCUCUGCCCCCGGCCGAGGACCGCUGAGCGCAGAGGGGCUUUGCGCGGUGUGCGGGGAUAACGCGGCCUGCCAGCACUACGGAGUGCGCACCUGUGAGGGCUGCAAGGGUUUCUUUAAGCGUACAGUGCAAAAAAACGCCAAAUAUGUGUGUUUGGCUGCCAAAAGCUGCCCUAUGGACAAACGCAGGAGGAACAGGUGCCAGUACUGCCGCUUCCAGAAGUGCCUUGCAGUGGGAAUGGUCAAAGAAGUGGUGAGGACGGACAGUCUGAAAGGUCGAAGAGGUCGUCUGCCAUCAAAACCUAAACCUCUUACAGAUUCGUCUGCGCCUGUUACCAACCUACUAAGCGCCCUCACCAGGGCACACAUGGAAUCGAACCCUCAACCUUCUCGCAUUGAUUACUCCAAAUUCAAAGAGAACUGUGGAAGUCCACUUGGAGACGAUGCGCAGCACGUCCGGCAGUUUUACGACCUACUGACCAGAUCAAUGGAGGUGAUCCGAGGUUGGGCGCACAAGAUCCCAGGCUUUAGCUCCCUGCCCAAACACGACCAGGACCUUCUGUUCUAUUCAGCUUUCCUGGAGCUCUUUGUUUUACGACUGUCAUACAGAUCCAACCCAGAGGAAGGGAAGCUGAUCUUCUGUGAUGGGUCAGUGUGGCAUCGGCUUCAGUGCCUACGAGGCUUUGGAGAGUGGAUCGACAGCAUUGUUGAAUUCUCUGCCAAUCUGCAAAGGAUGAAUCUAGAUGUCUCUACCUUUUCCUGCAUUUGCACGCUUGCCCUUGUCACUGAGCGCCAUGGGCUGAAGGAGCCAAACAAAGUGGAAGAGCUGCAGAACAACAUCAUCAAGUGCUUGAAGGAUGGUGGGAUGUGUGCAGACAGAGCUUCAAACUAUUGGUCCAAUCAUUUGCCAAGAGUUUUGGAAAAGCUUCCUGAACUUCGCACUUUGUGCAUUCAAGGCCUGCAAAGGAUAUUCUAUUUGAAGCUGGAGGAUUUGGUGCCGCCGCCUGCUAUGAUAGAUAAGUUAUUUCUAGACACGUUGCCAUUUUAGAGACAAAAGAGAACCUUUUUUUUAUUUUUCAGAGAUGGUACAUUUCAAAAUCACCUGGAAGUAUUUAAAAUUUAUAAAAUCAUGUGAACAAAAGGCACAAUACAUUUGAUAAUCAGUUUAUUUCAACAACUGUGGAUCUUUAUUUUCUUUACAUUAUCAGUGUGCUUAAAUAUUAUAAACACCCUCCAGAAUCUCUGAAACUGAAGGAUGAUGACGGUGUCUUUUUUAUAACACGUUUUACCUCCCAGCGUCAAAAUGAUGCAUUGUAAGUGAAUUGAACUACACAUUUGGCAGGUAAGGAGUCAUAUUUUACACCUUUCCUGCUUCGAGGCAGCUUGACAGGCGUUCCAUUUUUAAAAACAUAUAUUAGCAUACAUCAGCAUUUGGUAAACCAAUGGUCCAUUGUGUUUUCAGAAUACACUGUCAUUGUUCAUGUUUUAAUAAACAUUUAACUUUACUGAU